AAACUGGUGAACAAUGGAGGACGUUAUGCAGCAGCUUCUGGACCAGGAUGACCGAAUCGUUGAGAUUUUCCGGACAGAAGAAAUUGACAAUAUGGAUACGUUCCUUUCCCUGAACGAAAAUGACUUCUUGAGACUUAAAAUGACGACGAAAAUGAUUAAAAUUAUUCAAAAAAUUCAAAAAGAACAAAACCCAGAAGAAUGGAUCGUCGAAGAGGUUGAAGUGUCGCCAACCAAAUCACGGAAUGACAACAUUGAUGACCCAGCCCAAAAAUUUGACCCUGAUAAUCCGUACAAAGGCAUAAGCUUGGACAAUGUAAUUGAUAUUGACAACAUCUUCGCACGAACCACUGAAGGCAUUACCAUAAUGGAAUUACUGAAGGAAGGAUCGCGCCCGAGGGAAUCGAUUUUCAAGAAAAUUAACGACAUCCUGUGCGAUUGCUUGAAAUCAGUGUACGGUUGUCGACCAAACCGUUUCUACAAAGAUCAGAUUGCCAUCUCUCUUGUGACGUCAUAUCCGAUACUUGCUGCUAAGGAUACAAAUGUUUCACAGGCAUUGUGGUUUCAUGCUCACGCUCGGGGACCGAAUCGUCAUGCUGGACGUAUCCACUAUCGCAUGGAAUAUUUGGCAAGAACCUCUGGGAACGCGUCAUAA